AUGGCUAUUGAAGCACCUCUUAGAUCAUCAGCCGGAAACCUGCGAUUUCCUUUAAAUAAAGAAGGUGAUAUUUCUGCUUCGCCAGAAACCGAAGGACUACCAUCGCCGUACAGAGUCGUCUCUUCCCUUCCACCUGUAACAGACUCGGUCAUGCUGCGGUCAAACUCCAUCAACCGCGUGUCUUCAAACUCUAUGAACGUUCUGAGCCCAAGUGACAUCGUGGGACCAUCUCCCGUGACCUCGAAUGGGACAGAAACCACGGAGAUUGAGGACGAUGCAUCAGAAGAGGUAGAACAGACAUCAUUUGAAGAUGAGUCUCAACGCUUAGAACUUCUCGUGCUCUCAACAAAUUUGUCCGAGAAUUUUCGGCAGGCAAGUGGUGAUGAAGCCGUCUCAGUCAUUCAUGCACCUGAGAGCUUUGCUAGCUGGACCUCAACAGAGUCCACCGCUCAACAAAGCCAGCCUAGCGAACGGUCCUUGCCCAGGGGGGAGGAGAAAAACUCUUCCGCACUCCAGAGUUCUGUUCAAGAGCCCACAUCACAUCCUCCUCGGCCUCCUAUUUCGACAGAUGUACAACCCGUUCGAUACAGCAAUGACAGCGCAACUCCCCGAGCUCAGGAUCUUCAGGAUAUAUUAGCUGAUGGGGGCCGGUUGAGAUCCAGUAGCACUAGCAGUCUCGAAAAGAUCGAUGAACAAAUUGAGGCUGAAGUGGACGACGACGAUGCCGAGGACGACUAUCCUGCUAAUCCAUUUCUACGGCCCGUUCAUGAUGAAAUCACAGCUCUGCGGGCCGCGCUAAAGGAGUGUUGGACGCUCUGCAACACGCUGGCUAGCCUUAGUGCAAUCCACAGAGCACAAGUAUUCUACAGUUCUGGCACGCCAGACGCCUAUGAGAAAGCUUGGAAAUCUUGCUGGAAGCUAUGCCAGUGCCUUUACGACAACCAAGACGAAGAUCUGGCUUCUCAUAAUGUGAGAACGAACCUGGAACUGUGUCGAGACUUCUGUCAAGCUCUUUUUGAUGUCCGUCAAAAGAAAGACGAGACUUCUGACUCAGUGCUUCGCGUGAGCUUUGAGCUGAACAACCACCUGUACAGCGCCCAAGAUAGUAGGAAGCUCCCAGAACCGUUCAGGGAGAGAACCCUGGACUUUUACAUCACACUUUGCCAUCGCCUGAUGAGACAGCGUAGUGAGUUGGCAGAAGAGACUGAUCACCUCCUCAGCACAUGCUGGGCCUUGGCCGAAAUGCUGUUCAGUCUUCGUCAAACCAAGCGGGAUGGAAACCCGGUGGAUGAGGAAUUACUUGGAUCUGCUGUACAAGCAUGCUGGGACCUUUGUGACAUUUUCAGAGACGGUUGGACCCAGAUUCGCCCUGACAGGAAUACCCCUAGACCAAGCCAAACGAGCUUUUUCUCCCAGCAACCUGUUGAGCAAUCUGGCAGAGAAAGCCGACAAUCAAAUCGCUCCUCGUUGCACUCAAAAAAGGCCAGUGUUAAAAACAGUCAUCAAGAGGAACGGCCACGCAAGCCGCCACCCGGGCCGGAAACUCCUGUCACUGAGUUCGAAGAUACUCCUAUCUCACCGGAAAGUGAAUCUCCUCAGAUGCCCAACAUUAUGGUACUCGGGGCUCCCAGUGACACGGAUCUCGGGGGAAGAUGGUCGAGUAACACGUCCAACAUGUCCAGCUAUUCGCGAGGUAGUAAUCGAACUUCGAGUACAGCAACCAAAACCACCGCGACGGAAGAUCCCAACAUCUCAAGACCAAAGGUCUUGGUCCUCCGAGCGGCUAUGAACAUGGGGUUCAAUCGAGAAGCUGCCCAAGAGGCUGAAUCAGAGUCUAUAAUAUUCCUCAAGUUUGUUCAAGGGCUACCCGCGGGCUCGUUCGGCUCCCUGUCUAGUCAUGCCACCCUUCUGCAACAAUAUAAAAGCUCUGUUCUAUCAGACAACUUCAUUCCACGGAACCAACCCUUGCCAGUGCGUGGGAAACGGGUUGUAGCUCAGGACAUGGCGAAGAGUGUCCUGGCCAUGAGCAACGUUUCACCGCGAUAUGCCUACCUCCGCGAUCUUUUUAAAUUUGUCUUCCAAUUUUCCCUUGAUGAAGCUGAAUCACGAAGGAAUGUUAGUAUUUCGGUCUAG